AAUGGCUCAUAUGGUACAUCUUACUCUGUGUGUGGUGCUGGUCUCUCUGUCCAGUUCAGAACUGAUCAUCGAUGUCCGACCAGAUAUUAUAUCAUUAGAGAUAACUGCACAACUUGUGAUCAACUGUUCUAUAACCAACAACCAAGUUCAACAUCUGGAUGUUAUCAGAUCUCUAACACUUUCUCGUUAUGAUAUAACUAUUAGGGACUUCAUCGCUCUUAUUACUCUAGAUUCUUCCACACUUAAUUUAAAACAGCUUACGAAAUUUAAAAACUCACAAGUCAGUUUUGGAAAUCUGCAUUUAGCUUUAACGUUGCAUUACCCAACUCAGUUUGAUGCCAAAGUUUACAGAUGUAGCGUCAACGGAAACAAUGCCAAUGGGACAGAUGUUUCUUUGUCCGCAAAGAAAGGAGUAGAAUAUGAAACAAACUCGACGGCUUUGAUUGAAGAGAUUCGGCGUUUAAAGAAAGACGAGGACACCUAUAAAUGCUCCUUUAAAAAGACUGAUCGUCUAGGUUCCAGAGUUCAUUUCUUCGCAAGCUCUGAGAUUAUAAAAGAACGAAUUGAGCCUCUGACAUUAAAUUGUUCAUUCCAAGUUUUGGAAGAGGAUCAAAAUGAAACAUCCACACUUCAAGCAUUAUAUAUACUUCAUGAGACAAAUGGUGUAAUCGCAACUAUAAACAAAGGUCAACCCGUUCUGACAACCAUCCAUGGAGGUCACUCUAACUCUAGAAACGCUAAAGGAGAAAUUUUUGACAACGAAUUAAAAGACUCCUAUCUUCAAGUCACAUUGAGCAAUCUACAAUUCUCAGAGUCUGGAAAAUACUUCUGUGAAGCUCAUGCCAAACGUUCACAAGGAGGAGUCGAGAGAUUGAAUAAGAUGUUAACUAUUUCUGUUCUGAGCCCAACGUUUGAGGAUUUGGUCAAAGUAAUGGAGAAAGUAUUAAGGAAGUCUGAUGAAGACAAUAUAAGUAUUCAUGAAAAUAAACAGACUCUAAAAUACAUUCAGGAAGAUUCGGAUACCAAGGAGAAAAAUAUAAAAAGCAUUGAAGAAGACUUGAACACUAAACAACAAAACAUUAUAAGCUUGAAAGAAGACUUCAACGCUUUUCAACGGACUAUGAACACAUUUAGAGAGAAACUGGAAGUCAUCUCCGCCAAUGUUUCACAGAUUGAGAGAGAGAGAACGGAAGACAAAGAGAUAGCAUCCUGUCGUGAGGUGAAAACUCGAGAAGAACGGGUGGUGGUGACAUUAGCUUCCGGGUUAAAGGUCAUGUGUGACACGAAAACAGAUGGUGGUGGAUGGAUCAUCUUUCAGAGGAGAACCUAUGGCAUUGUGGAUUUUUAUAGAAGUUGGCAAGAAUACCGUGACGGCUUUGGAGAUAUUAACAUUGGCGAAUUUUAUCUGGGAAACGAGCAUAUUUAUAAUUUAACAUCUGCGGCUAAAUACGAUUUAAGAAUUGAUAUCAAAUAUAACAGAAAUUCGUAUUAUGCGCAAUACUCUGAUUUUCAAAUACUGAGUGAAAAAGAGAAGUACAAAUUAAAGAUUGGAGCCUAUUCAGGAAAUGCUGGUGACAGUUUAUCAUAUCACAAUAGCAUGUCCUUUAGUACGUAUGAUAAAGAUAAUGACCUUUAUGGCAGCAACUGUGCAACGAAUUACUUAAGCGCAUGGUGGUACAAUUCAUGUCAUAAUUCUAAUCUAAACGGUCAAUGGGGAAGUAAAGUGAAUUCCAAUGGCGUCAUUUGGAAUACCCUUACCAAAGGAGAGAGUGCUUCCUUUACAGAGAUAAAGAUAAGAGAAAAAUAAUAAGUCAAGAAAAAUAGUUUCUUUUCUUUCAAAACAUUUCGUCAAUUGAAUCGAUUUUAUUGAACUGAAGAAAAAAAUAAAUUUCUUUUUUUGUCAAUUAAUUUCUUUUAUUUUUUUUUUCAAAUUAUGCCAAUAAAAGUAAAGCACUCAUAUACUUUUCUAUCUUUAUGAUUUUAUUUAUUAUUCAUUUAUUUUAUUUAUUUAUUUAUUUAUUUUAUUUUUAGAAAAGAAAUAAAUGAGAACUAUAUAGCUUUUUACUUUUUUUUUAGUAUAGAAAUAAUUGUGGAAAGAACUUCUAAGGAAAAGGUUGGUUGAAAAGAAUAGCAAUCAUAGAUUUUUUUCCUAGUGGUAAUAGAAUUAUAAUAUUCAGAACUUAUAACCCGUACUACAAGUAUAAAUUCGUUUUAAUUUCAUCGGGAAUAAAGCCAUGUAUUAACUGUUAUAUUGCAAAAGUAAAGGGCACAUAAUACUCUUUUGUCCAUCUGGCAAUCUAAUCAUUAGAUAUAACUAACUGAUAUUAACUUUUCGCAUAUAAAUUACGAGUGAGUAUGGUGUGAAUGUAUAUUUUGGUUUUCUAUAGCUAUAAUGUUUUGUUUUGGUGUAAUGCACAAAUUGUAAGACUAAUAAAUGGAUAAAUGGAUAAUAAAGAUUAUUAUUAUUAUUA